AUGGCUCAAAUGAAGUAUUCUUUUCUCGUUUAUUUCCCCAGACCUGUUUUUACAUGUGGCGGGGUUCUCACUGGAGAGUCUGGAUUUCUCGGCAGCGAAGGUUUUCCUGGAGUGUACCCUCCAAAUAGCAAAUGCACUUGGAAAAUCACAGUCCCCGAGGGAAAAGUGGUGGUUCUCAACUUCCGGUUCAUAGACCUCGAGAGUGACAACCUGUGCCGCUAUGACUUUGUGGACGUGUACAAUGGCCACGCCAAUGGCCAGCGCAUCGGGCGCUUCUGCGGCACCUUCCGCCCGGGAGCCCUCGUGUCCAGUGGCAACAAGAUGAUGGUACAGAUGAUUUCUGAUGCCAACACAGCUGGAAAUGGCUUCAUGGCCAUGUUCUCUGCUGCUCAACCCAACGAAAGAGGAGACCUGUAUUGUGGAGGGCGCCUUGAAAAACCUUCUGGUUCUUUUAAAACCCCCAACUGGCCAGACCGGGAUUACCCUGCAGGGGUCACCUGUGUGUGGCACAUCCUGGCCCCCAAGAACAAGCUUAUCGAGUUAAAGUUUGAGAAGUUUGACCUGGAGCGUGAUAACUAUUGCCGAUACGAUUAUGUGGCUGUGUUUAAUGGCGGAGAAGUCAAUGAUGCUAACAGAAUUGGGAAGUUCUGUGGGGACAGUCCACCUGCGCCAAUUGUAUCUGAGAAAAAUGAACUUCUCAUUCAGUUUUUAUCAGACUUAAGUUUAACAGCAGACGGGUUCAUUGGUCACUACAAAUUCAGGCCAAAAAAGCUGCCCACCACUCCAGCCCCGCCUGCUACCACAGCGUACCCUGUCACUGUGGGUUUAAAACCCACCGUAGCCCUGUGUCAACAAAAGUGUAGACGGUCGGGGACUCUGGAGAGCAAUUAUUGUUCAAGCAACUUUGUAUUAACUGGCACUGUGAUCACGACCGUCACUCGGGGCGCAAGCCUCCAUGCCACAGUCUCCAUCAUUAACAUCUAUAAAGAGGGGAAUCUGCCAAUCCAGCAGGCUGGCAAGAACAUGAGUGCCAAGGUCGUUGUGGUCUGCAAGCAGUGCCCUCUCCUCAGAAGAGGUCUAAAUUAUAUUAUUAUGGGCCAAGUAGGUGAAGAUGGACAGGGCAAAGUGAUGCCCAACAGCUUUAUCAUGAUGUUCAAGACCAAGAAUCAGAAGGUUCUGACCGCCUUAGAAAACAAGCGAUGUUAACAGAGAACGUGUCCACUUAAGCGCAGUCUGUUGCUGUCACUGAAAGAUCUGCUCUCCCUAAGUAGAAAAAAAAUCGCAUAGGAUUUAAUCAGAAGCUUCCUGAAAGGUUGGACUGAUUUUCCUGUCAUGUCAUGUAGGUGAUGUGAGUCCUUGAUAGGGCUGGUGGCCGUCCAGAGUCUGUACUGAGAAAAGUGUAUCUGCACACCUGCCGACGAGGGUGCUGGCAGGAAAGGAACGGUGCCAAGCGCUGGCUCCUGGGAAGCCGCUUAUUUAUAAAUCUGUCAGAGGAUAUUUUUGAAUCGAGUUGUGUGAGGAGAUUAAAAAAGAGGUUUUAUAAGUGCAUUAUUUAUAGUGAUUAUUUGUCUUUCCUUUAGGCAUUUCUGAGGUAUUGCUUUCUUCUCUUGCAUUUUUUAAAAGUAAU